AUGAUCACGGGUGCCUGGAGUGAUGUCAAGCGUAAAAUAAUAGCGAACUACUUUCCCAAAGCAAGCUUUGUGGCAGUUGCUGAGGAGGCUUGUGUGGAUGCCUUGGACGACAAUGACGACUUCAAGUACGCUCUGGAUGACGAGCUUCGAAAGGUUGCAGAGUUCCCAGAAGCUGUUCCCACUGAUCUGACGGCACAGGAUUUUGUAAGCGCCGACGACAAUGUGCACGUUGUGGCAGAGAUGACAGACACGGACAUAAUGGCGGACGUUGCUGGGGCAAGAGAAAGCACUGGUAUGCUCCAUAUUAAGGACCAGCCCAGAGGCGCUUGUAAUCAAGAGCCUUUAGCUUGCACUUCUUCAAAUGCACAGUUAAAGAUCAGCACGACAACAGCAGAACUGCGAUUCAACAACACUACACUAGUCACCAUGACUGGUCAACCCACAGAGCGACUUCCAGACGAGAACAAGCCAUGCGCAGUUACGUGCAAGUCAAAAGCCAGCCUGAAACGCCACAUGUUUGCACAGUGUCACAGCGAGCCUGAAAAGUGUCCCACUGCUCCUCCAUCGGAUGUUCAGAUGGGAGAGGGUUUCGGGUGCAGCAGCUCUCCCUCUGCAUUCUCGCGAUCUGAGAGUGAUGAGAACCACAUGUCGAAGUGCACUGAUGAAGAACCGUGCAAGCGCGAUCUCUCUCCCGUGCGGUUUAGCGAGUGCACAAGCCUGCAGCAGUACAGGCAAGCACACAUGGGCGAGAAGCCACACAAGUGUGAUCUCUGCCCUGCGGAGUUUCGCCAGGGCGUGCUCCUACGGCGUCACAGGCGGACACACACGGGCGAGAGGCCAUACGAGUGCGAUGUCUGCCCUAAAAAGUUUGGCCAGAUUGGGCACCUACAUGUUCACAAGCAGACACACAUGGGUGGCAAGCCAUUCAAGUGUGACCUCUGCCCUGCAGAGUACACCCAGACAGUGGCGUAUCUAGAGCUACCUGCGCCCAUGAUACGCCACUGCACCCAGAGCACGAGCCUGUCACGUCACAAGCGAGGGCACAGGGACAGGAAGCCGCACAAAUGCGAUCUCUGUCCUGCAGCGUUCAGCCGGAGCACGUCCCUUCAUCAGCACAAGCGAGCACACACGGGCAAGAAGCCACACAAGUGCGAUCUCUGUCCUGCAGCGUUCAGCCGGAGCACGUCCCUUCAUCAGCACAAGCGAGCACACACGGGCAAGAAGCCACACAAGUGCGAUCUCUGUCCUGCAGAGUUCAGUGAGAGCACGUACCUACAGCAGCACAAGCGGACACACACGGGCGAGAGGCCAUUCAAGUGCGAUCUCUGCCCUGCAGAGUUUGGCCACAACUCGAGCAUGUCACGUCACAGGCGAGCACACACGGGGGAGAAACCACACAAGUGCGAUCUCCGCCCUGCAGAGUUCAGCUAG